AUGGAUCGUGGGUUCAGUGCUGGUGGUGCAAAGAGUUCUUUGGGCUACCUAUUUGGUGGUGGAGAGACUGUUGCUAACUCUCCGGCUGCUAAGAAUGUGGGGCACACUGCUAGCAAUAGCCCUUCUCCAAAGCCUGCUGCUGCUUCACCGCCAAUCGAUAAGCAGACUUCAGCUGGAAUUCAUGGAAAUCUUAAGAACAAUUACUACCGGGCUGAUGGACAGAACUGUGGUAACUUCAUCACGACCUUAUCAUUUCUAAACGGCUUUGCCAUGUGUGUGCAGGAUCGACCAUCCACCAAGGUUCAUGCUGCCCCUGGUGGCGGUUCUCCCUUGGGCUACCUGGUUGGCGGUAAUGGGAACUGA